GCCAACCUAUUUUAGCCUCUCUCUCUCUCUCUCUAUCUACACAAGAUGAGGAUGAUAGAUUUGGGAAGCCAAAGAGGGCCUCUCCACAUUAUAGAAACGUCAACAGCGGUCGAGUGCGGCAGGGAAAUCAGAUACCGGCGAUCAUUUCGGUCACUGGUGGAGUGCAUGGUCCCUUGUUGUGGCUUCCAACCAUCACAUGAGUCAGCUUCUAGUGAUACUGAGUCGACUCACGGGUCAUCAGUGACGGGCACUUUCUUCGGUCAUAGGAAGGGCCGAGUCAGCUUUUGCCUCCAGGAUGACUCGAGGAGUUCUCCUCUUUUACUAUUGGAAUUCGCUAUCCCCACCUCUUAUCUUGCAAAAGAAAUGCAACACGGGUUGCUUCGGAUUGCCCUGGAGUGUGACCGACAUAGAUCUCACUCUUCCACAACCUCCACCACCUCCACCACCUCCGUCACCGCCACCAACAAAUUCAACUCAUACUCAUAUUCCCUCUUCAACGUACCCGUAUGGUCCAUGUACUGUAACGGUCGGAAGGCGGGGUUCGCCGUGAGGCGUCAGAUGACAGAGAGCGACGCAUCCGUGUUGAAGCUGAUGCAGUCGGUGUCUGUGGGUGCUGGUGUGUUACCCAUGGAGCCGAAGUCUCAGGACGGGGAUCUCAUGUACCUGAGAGCGAGUUUCGAACGAGUGAUUGGGUCUCCUGACUCUGAGUCAUUCCACAUGAUUAACCCAGUUGGUAGCUCCGGCCAGGAGCUCAGCAUAUUCCUGCUGCGAUCAUGAGUCAUGAAUCGUUUGUUGGUAAAAUAGAAAAUCUACUUCUUCUCCUUUCUUCUUCUUCUUCUUCUUCUUCUUCACGUACUGUUACUACUUACUAUAUUGUGUAAAGAUUUUCCCAUAUAUGAUGAUUAAAUUACUGCUUAGCCA